AUGUCCUCUCCAGCACCCCUCCUACGGCCGCCCAUUCCCGGUGCCCGCUCGAACAGCGGCACCCGCACACCACGCCUGGGCCUCGCAAUCCCCAUGUCGCCCAAUGUGCGUCCAGUCAUAAACGGCACGUCCGAAUCCCAGAUCCAACCGCUCCAACCACUCCAACCACUCCAGCCGAUGCAGCGCCCCCAGCCUCCACAACUCCGCCUCGCAACGCCCAUGGGCAGCAACCAAACCCCACAAGAAUCCCGCGGCCGCAACCCGCGCCUACCACCUCUCCAAAUCCAGCCCGUAGGCGGCCCCUCAGCCUCCGGCUCCAGCGCCACGAGCGCCAACACAGGGAGCAGAAGCGGCAGUUUCGGCGAAGGCAACGGCGCGUCCGAGGGCUACGGCAACCACUUCCCCACCAUGCUCCAGCAGCCGUCCGGCCGGCCGGGUGACCCGCUAAGUGCGGUCGGGAGCAUAUACUCCGCGGGCACGGGGUCGGAUGUCGGGGGGACCGAUAUGGUGCGGGAGAAUAGUGUGGGUGGCAUUUUACCGGAUCUGGAGAAGCUGAGCUUGGAGAAGGGGAGGCCGCUUGAUGUGGAGGAUCUGGAUGAUGGCGGGUGGAGGGCGGCGAGUAAGGAGGGGAAGAUUGUGGAGUUGGGGAGUUUGGGGGAGGGGGCCGGUGGGGCGGUUACGAGGUGUGUGCUCAAGGGAGGGCGGACGGUUUUUGCGCUGAAGAUCAUUACGACAAACCCCGACCCAGACGUCAAGAAGCAAAUCGUGCGCGAGCUCUCCUUCAACAAAAAUUGCGCCUCCUCCCACAUCUGCCGCUACUACGGCGCCUUCAUGGACGACGCAACGGGCACCAUCUCCAUCGCCAUGGAGUUCUGCGAAGGCGGCUCCCUCGACUCCGUCUACCGUGAAGUGAAGAAACUCGGCGGCCGCACCGGCGAAAAGGUGCUUGGCAAAGUCGCCGAGGGCGUCUUAAACGGCCUCACAUACCUGCACGGCCACCGAAUCAUCCACAGAGACAUCAAGCCGAGCAACAUCCUGCUGUGCAGGGACGGCAUGGUCAAGCUGUGCGAUUUCGGCGUCAGCGGCGAGUUCGGCACCAAGGGCGACGCGAACACGUUUAUUGGGACGAGCUACUACAUGGCGCCUGAGCGCAUCACGGGCCAGAGCUACACCAUCACGAGCGAUGUGUGGAGUCUGGGCGUCACGUUGCUGGAGGUCGCGCAGCAUCGGUUUCCGUUCCCGGCGGACGGCACGGAGAUGAAUCCGAGGGCGGGGCUGAUUGAUCUGUUGACGUAUAUUGUGCGCCAGCCGAUUCCGAAACUCAAGGAUGAGCCGGAGAAUCGGAUCAAGUGGAGUGAGAAUAUGAAGUAUUUCAUUGAGUGUUGUCUGGAGAAGGAACCGACGAGACGAGCGACGCCGUGGCGCAUGCUGGAGCAUCCGUGGAUGGUCGACAUGAAGAGCAAGAAGGUCAAUAUGGAACACUUCCUCAAGCAGGUCUGGGACUGGAAGGAUUAG